AAAAAGCUGACAGCGGGAGGACUGAUCGCCCUGCGACUACACCGUCUUCUUCUCAAUUUUCAGUUCCUAUAUUCCUUGCUUUGCCUCUUCGUCCUCCACAAACAAAGGCAUAUUCCGGCGAGCGGAAACUGGAGUUGAGAGGCUUGGGAGCAUUGCAGGGGAUCGGAACCGCCACUGUUGCUUCGAUCAAGAUCCGUAGCAGAGACGAAUAAUCUCGAGCAAUGGUUUUGGGGAUGAAAUCGAAGCACAAGAAAGGUACUCUCAUCAAAGUUAACUACAUAGUCCACGUACAGCAGAUUAGGCCAUGGCCUCCAUCCGAGGCGCUGCGGUCGAUCCAAACGGUGCUGCUUCAAUGGGAAAACGGCAGCAACAAUUGCGGUUCCUUUCUGUCGGUCGCCGGAGAUUCAAACAUUGUAUUCAACGAGUCAUUCAUGCUUUCAUCGGGUCUUUACCAAAAGUCCAGCGGUAAGUUGAGGAAGAAUUAUCUCGAAUUCAGCUUGUACGAGCCGCGGAAGGAUAAGGUUAAAGGUCAGCUCCUGGGGACAGCUUUGGUGAAUCUUGCUGAUCACGGAAGAUUAGAAGAUACAGUGAUUGUUGAAGUUCCAAUGAACUUUAAGAAGAUCGCUGGAAACAUGAUGCAACCAGCUCUGGCUAUCAGCCUCGAGCCGGUUGCAAAAGAUAGCCCAAAUUCGUCGCCUGGUGGUGGUCUAUUAAAGGAAGCAAUGAACUAUAAUGACGAUGACUCCGAAAUGGCAUCUUGGACUGAUGAUGAUACUUCCUCUUAUUCUUCAAGGACCACUGGCUCGCUAUCGUAUGAUGCUGCAUCAGCAUCAGCAUCUCCAUCUCUAAACGAAAGGAAUGAAUAUGCAAAUACUGGAUUCGAACAGCAAAACAGAAACUUAUGGUCUUCAUCGACUGAUGCAUCUCCGGAUACUUGGAAGAGCAAAACAAAUAGCCGUGUGCCUCGAUCCAAGUUUUCUGAGAGAAGCAUGUCGUAUAUCCCAAAGAACUCUGUUAACAGCGCUGCCAUUGGAUCUUCUCCAUCAUCUAUAAGUUUCCGCGAUGUUAAUGGUAUGUUUAGCAACAUUGCACGAAGCUCCUUGCAGGAAGGUCCUAGCAUCCGGCACAAAGCUAGCAAAAGCAAUCAACAAAUUGUGGAAGAAAGAUUUGCCCCUGAAUUUUUAUCAGCUGAUCAUUACAAGAAAAUAUAUGCUAAAUCUGAUGCUAUAUCUGCUGAUAAUGAGUGGAAACAAGAGGGCUUCCUGAUAAAUGACGCAAUCUCCAGUUUGUCGAAUGGGAAGGAGAAAAAUGAGCAGAAUUCGGUCUUGAGCAAACAGCUAGCUGACGAGACGAAGAAAUUAAAAGACAAGAAGCUGUAUAGAAAGUUAUCAGAAGCCACAUCCAAGGUUCAGGUUAUGUCAAGGAGUGAUUCGCUUAUUCCCGAUAGGAAAGGACCGGCAAUCCCUCCAUCCGGCAAUAACAAAGCAACUUUAAAGCAUGCAAAGUCCAUCCAGAUACAUGGUUUGUCUGAGAUGCACGGCGCAGUAAAACCUCAAGGUCUGGAUAUACCCAACAACUCAUCAAAUAAAGGUAAACUGAAUGUAGAGAGUGAAACAAAACAGCAAAAAAACCAUCUUUCCGACAGUAAUGAGUGGAGAAUUAGAGCUGAGAUGCUUGAGGACGAAUUGAGAGAAGCUGCAGUGAUGGAACUGAGCUUGUACUCCAUAGUUGCUGAGCAUUCAAGCUCCACAAAUAAGGUUCACACACCAGCUCGACGACUGUCCAGAUUUUAUACCAGUGUUUCAAAGACAGGUCCUCAGUCGAAACGAGCAAGUGCAGCCCGGGCUGCAGUAUCAGGUCUGGUUCUGGUUUCAAAAGCUUGCGGGAACGAUGUUCAAAGGCUAACAUUCUGGCUAUCGAAUUCAAUAAUGUUGAGGGCCAUUGUUACUCAGACAGCUGCAGAGCUGCCGCAUUCAGAAGGAGCCGAAACCGAUGAUUGGGAGGAUAUCAUGACAUUCAUUAUAGCAUUGGAAAAAGUUGAAUCCUGGCUGUUUUUGCGAAUCAUCGAGUCUGUAUGGUGGCAGACUUUUAUUCCACAUAUGCAACCUGCAGCUGGAAAGGUCAGGUCCAGAAACAAGGGCUCGGGUACAAAGAAGGCUACCGGAAAGAGGAAUGGUUUGGGAAACAAUGAGUAUGACAAUUUAUCUAUGGAGUUGUGGAAGAAAGCGUUCAAAGAUGCAUGCGAAAGGCUUUGUCCGAUUCGAGCUGCAGGACAUGAAUGCGGCUGCUUGUCUGCACUGCUGAUUAUGGUGAUGGAGCAGUUAGUUAACCGGCUGGACGUAGCAAUGUUCAAUGCUAUUCUUCGCGAAUCCGCCGAAGAAAUGCCAACCGAUCCUAUUUCUGAUCCGAUUAGCGAUGCUAAGGUCCUUCCGGUGCCACCGGGAAAAUCGAGCUUUACUGCUGGUGCACAGCUGAAAAAUGCUAUUGGAAACUGGUCAAGAUGGCUUACAGAUCUCUUCGGUCUGGAAGAUGAUUCUGCUGAGGAUAAUGGCAUUAUUGGCGAUGGCAGCUCAUCAAAAGCGUUCAAAGCUUUUCGUCUCCUCCACACAUUGAGCGAUCUUAUGAUGAUUCCAUUCGGAAUCCUUGUCGAUACAUCCACCCGGAAGGAGGUUUGUCCGACGCUGGGACCAACGAUAAUCAAAAGGGUUCUGAACAACUUUGUUCCCGACGAAUUCUGUCCGGAGCCAAUUCCACGGAGCAUCUUGAACACCCUCGACUCGGAGGAAGUUAAAGAUCAAUCUGGCGCCGUGAUCACCAGCUUGCCGUGCGUCGCAAGUCCAGCAAAAUACUCGCCCCCUCCUGCAGCUUUACUCAGCUGUGUAGGAGAAGUCGGGAGUCAGGUGCUUAAGAGCAGCAGAUUGUCGACGCUCAACAAAUCACAUGCAAGCGAUGAUGAGCUGGACGAGCUUGAAUCGCCCUUGACAUCAAUCAUCCCGGAUAGCCACCAGAGAUCAUCCGCGCUAGCCAGGCUCAGUUUAAUGCCCAAGGAAAAGGGCGGCGGAAGUCUUUUCCGGUAUCAGCUGCUCAAGGAGACAUGGGAAGACGGUGAAGAAGAAUAGCUACAUUUCGAUCCUCACUUAUAUAGAUAUAUAUAUAUAUAUAUAUGGUUUAGCCAACUUAUCUGUUAUUCAGCUUCCUUCUCCAUUGUCGCUGAGCCUGCCGGCGCGAAUUCUAUUGGAAAUCUAUUUCAGGAAUUCGAAUAUGGCUAGCCGGAAAGGCUAAGCUCCUCUGAGAACCAACGCGGAUCAGAAGGUAUAGGUUGUAAUAGAAACCGAAUGCAACUGCCAAAAAACAACACUGCCGUAGUCUCCUACCUACAGUAUGCAUGCGCAGCAGCGGCGCAAAUUAGGAGCUCGAAAUAUAUAUGGCUUACAUCGAAACACGGCAGAAUUCAAUCAUUUACAGGCGGCGUUGACUAUACAGGAGCUAUAACUCUGACUAAUCUUUUCUGCAACACAAGGAUAUGAUCUUUCUAUGAAGAACUUACAAUAUGAUCUCAAUAACCCUAGCUUAGCUUGUGCACUGCAGCGAGUGCCGCAGCAGAUUCAUCGCCUCUAUCAUCAACACUCCUGGAAACGGAAGGAA